CGAGGGACUCCUCUUGCAGUUGGAUUGUCCAUUACGUAUCCCCAUAAUUAACAUUGGGAAGAUCGCGAUCAUGGCCGAUCUCGUUGACCACUCCCCCCACCAUCCCACCAAAGCUGCCAAGCUGGGCAGCGCCUCGAAUGUAAUUCUCAUUGACAAUUACGACUCCUUUACCUGGAAUGUCUACCAAUACCUUGUGCUGGAAGGGGCCACAGUCUCGGUGUUCCGUAAUGAUGAAAUCUCUCUGGAAGAUUUGAUUGCAAAGAAACCGACUCAGCUGGUUAUCAGCCCUGGUCCGGGCCAUCCCGAGACGGAUGCCGGUAUUAGCAAUGCUGCAAUCAAGCAUUUCGCUGGUAAAGUGCCAGUAUUUGGAGUCUGCAUGGGUCAGCAAUGCAUGAUCUCAUCCUUUGGCGGAAAGGUUGAUGUUACAGGCGAGAUCCUGCAUGGCAAGACCUCGGAAGUGAAACAUGACUCCCGGGGCGUCUACGAAGGAUUGCCUGCAUCUUUCGCAGUGACCCGCUAUCACUCACUUGCCGGAACUCAUUCCACGAUUCCUGACUGCCUCGAAGUAUCCUCUUGGGCCCAGUUCGGUGGCGAUAGCAGCAAGACCGUCAUCAUGGGUGUUAGACACAAGCAGUUGGCUGUUGAGGGUGUCCAAUUCCACCCUGAGAGUAUUCUCACUGAAUAUGGACGAGCCAUGUUCAGGAACUUCCUCAAGCUUACAUCGGGCACCUGGGAGGGUAACAACAAGUCGUCAGCCCCGAAAGAUGCUUCAAGCGGCCCCGCCAAGCCGGGGAAGAAGAUCUCCAUCCUUGAGAAGAUCUACGACCACCGUAAAGCUGCAGUUUCCGCCCAGAAGACCAUUCCUUCGCAAAGACCGGAGGAUCUCCAGGCCGCCUAUGAUCUUAAUAUCGCACCUCCCCAAUUGUCGUUCCCCGCUCGUCUCAGGCAAUCACCCUACCCUCUUUCGCUUAUGGCAGAAAUCAAACGGGCUUCUCCCUCUAAGGGUAUGAUCGCAGCAUCAGCCUGUGCUCCUGCUCAGGCUCGGGAAUAUGCAAAGGCUGGAGCUAGUGUCAUCUCUGUGCUCACGGAGCCCGAGUGGUUCAAAGGUAGCAUUGAUGACUUGCGUGCUGUUCGCCAGAGUCUAGAGGGUCUGACUAACAGACCUGCUAUUCUGCGGAAGGAGUUUGUGUUUGACGAGUAUCAAAUUCUGGAGGCACGUCUGGCAGGAGCUGACACUGUUUUGCUCAUUGUGAAAAUGCUUAGUGUUGAGCUCCUUACAAGACUGUACAAUUACUCCCGUAGUCUUGGGAUGGAGCCUCUUGUUGAAGUCAACACCCCCGAAGAAAUGAAGAUCGCCGUUGACCUUGGUUCCGAAGUUAUUGGUGUCAACAACAGAGAUUUGACAAGCUUUGAAGUGGAUCUCGGCACUACCAGCCGACUGAUGGACCAGGUACCUGAAAGCACAAUCGUGUGUGCUCUUAGUGGAAUUUCUGGCCCCAAGGAUGUCGAAGCUUAUGAAAAGGAAGGCGUUAAGGCUAUUCUUGUCGGAGAAGCUCUGAUGCGAGCGCCUGACACUUCCGCAUUUGUCGCAGAGCUUCUGGGUGGAACCACUGAGAAGCUCCCCAAGACAACACACAAUUCCCCCUUGGUCAAGAUCUGUGGAACUCGAACUGAAGAGGGGGCCAAGACAGCCAUUGAGUCUGGUGCAGACCUUGUCGGAAUUAUCCUCGUUCAAGGGCGGAAACGAACUGUCCCAGAUGAUGUUGCUUUGCGGAUCUCCCAGGUUGUCAAAUCAACCCCGCGUCCGACUGCCCUAUCCAAAGACACAUCGGCAAAUGCCGCCUCUGUUGAUUAUUUUGAUCACUCUGCCGAACUUCUGCGCCAUCCUAGCCGGGCUUUGCUUGUUGGUGUUUUCCUGAAUCAACCGCUAUCAUACGUUUUGGCUCAGCAGCAAAAGUUGGGGCUGGAUGUUGUACAGUUGCAUGGAUCUGAACCAUUGGAAUGGGCUAGUGUGAUACCAGUGCCUGUUAUUCGCAGGUUUGGCUUAGACGAACCUGGACUCGCUCGAAGGGCUUACCACACUUUGCCAUUGCUGGAUUCCGCAUGGGGAGGCUCUGGUGAAUUGCUAGACCAAUCUCGUGUGCAAAAAGCUUUGGACCGUGACGACGGCUUGCGAGUCAUCUUGGCUGGUGGCCUGGGUCCUGAUAACGUUGUUGAUACUGUCAAGAACCUGGGCAAAUCCGGGCAAAAGGUGGUUGGAGUGGAUGUCAGCUCGGGGGUAGAAACAGACGGGUCUCAAGACCUGGACAAAAUCCGUGCAUUCGUCCAAGCAGUGAAAGGCUUGCAGCUAUGAUUUUCUGGGGCUAGGUAUGAUUCAACACACACCUUCAUGUGUUUAGAGCAGAGCAUUGUUGUUUGUCCAACACAUCUAUGAUGACGAUCUUUCAUGAACUGAAAUGCUUCAAAAUCUCGGGCUUUUAAUUUCUUUUACAUCAACUUUCGGGUAUGCCAUGACUGCAUUAUACGCUUUCUAAGUAAAAUUAUGGUCUCGGAUUUCCUGUUUCAUGUCUAUGAUAUCCUUCUUGUAGCCUCAGAUAGGUCUUUCAAUCCACCCUGUGGACUCUUCUUUGCACUUUGACCGUGUUCUAUUAAACUCAUCAUCGAAGAUGCUCAGUCGUGAGCCCUAUUUAAUUCUCCAUUCAUCCAAAGCAGAUCAACACAGGCUGAAGUGAAUAGCUCGACGUUAAUUCCCGAGGAAUGCAGUAGAUCAAAG